CUGCCCAUCCCGCACUUGCGCCGCGCCCCUCUCCUCUCUCUCUCUCCUUCCAAACCCUAGCUAGACCGCGCCCGCCUCCCUGCCCUUGUCGUCUCGUCCACCCGGCCAGCCGCCGCCGCCACUCGCGCCUGUCUCCUCCGGCCAGCCUCCGCCCGCAAUCUCCCCCCUCCCGUUUUCAGAAGGGAAGGGAAGGGAAGAGAAGAGAAGAGGGAGAACGAGCGGGUCAGGCGACGUGAAGGGAAGAGAAGAGGGAGAGCGAGCCAUGGCCAUGGCACUCGCAGAUCUGCCGGCCCCGUCGUCGCCGCUGCGCUCGCAGGUGAGCGGCGCCAAGAGCUGCCGUCAUGAGGAAGCCGCGGGAGGACGAGCUCAACCCGGACAAGGUCGUUGUGGUCGUCGGCACCUCCUCCAUCUGGCCACGAGCCCCCGCCCCUGCUUCCAUUUCCACGCGUGUUGUGGCGACCCCGGCGAGCUCGAGCCCAUCGGUGGUCCACGGAGCAUCUGCACGCGUGCAGCGGAGACCCCAGGAUGAGCUCGAGCCGCAGCGCUGGUCCAUAGCGCCAAUGCCAUCGUCGCCCUUUAAGCACAAACCUUUCGACGCGAGGACCGUCAUGGGAUUUGGAGUGCUCAAUGGCAUCUUAAUUGGACUUCUCAAUCAGAGUCUAGGUUUCAACUCUGUUGGUUUCUAUCAGAGCAAGUCGAGCGCAUUAUUUGGAUCUAGCUUAUUGAUAUUGCAGAGACUCAUCAAAAGAUAUACAGGGUUCUCGGCUGGCUGGGAAGACUUGACAAGAGGCACAGGUGGAUUACUACUUCCUUGGAUGUUUUCAGAAAAUAAGUGAAAUGUGCAGACCGACAACAUGGACGGCAGGUCUUGCGGCUCCCAGCGCCCUCAACCCCCCAUUGACCCUCUCUCAAUUGUGAUCUCUCCUCUACUCUUCUAGUGAGUGGGAGCAGCAUGUGGAUAUAUUGAACUAUAUAUUAGCUUUUGAUUGGUGCCCAUGAAGUACUUCGGAAUUCAUUAUAUAGGUGUGUCGGUGAAGAUGUCGUAGAUUUGUUAAUACAGAAAACACAAAAAUUUCAUCUAUAUCUGUUGACCUUGUGUGCCAUAGGUAAACAUAUUUUCCUAUCUAUUUCUAUUCUUCAGCCUCUUUAUAUUUCAGGGUGGCGAUGAGAGCGGGUGUGAAACGGGAGAGGCGGCCAUAGGAGGUGUAUGAUAGGAAAAGAAUUUCUCUAUGGCAGUGCUUUGACUCGGUGACCAGAGACUGACUGGGUGUGCUUGCAGUUUGAGGUUGAUUUUUUCUGGUAUACAUAUAAUUGGAGGUAGGCGCCAUGGACACCGCUCUUGUGCUCAUCAAGGUCCACUACUCCUUGUUCCAGUCCCAUGACAAGCAGCAGCAACAGCAGCAUCAUGGUUGGGUUGGAGCUACAGCGGCCAGCCACCGGGACGACGCUGACAGCCAAAGGAAGCUCCUUCCCCACCGCUGACAGCCAAAACCGCUCUUGUGCUCAUCAAGGUUAGUUAAUGUAUAGGACUGCGCUUUUGUGUGUCCUUUCCUUCAAGCUGUCAUUCAAGAGAAGAGAGGGGAGAGGCCUCGAUCCAGACUCAGGAGGAGGAGACGAGGAGCAACACCUAUUUUUAUUGUUUGUCAAGCCCCUACUUUGCGGUUCCAGCCACCUGAUCACUAACCUGAAUGAGUAAGUAGACCAUUAUAUAUGAUGGUCUUGCUUCCUUUUGUGAUCAUGUAUCUAUGUUAGAUCCGGUGAAAAAAAGCGGCUUCCAAGCAGAGGAUGCGGCAGUGUUGGCCACGUUUGGUUUUCAUAAGCUAAUAAUGUAUCCCUUCCUAUCUACUUCCUUUGUGUAUCACAUUGUAACUAAGCAUCUAUGUACCAGCAGCAAAGACUUGGGUGUCUGAAUAUUCUCACAA